AUGACUCAAACCAUUUUGUUUGGUGUGAGUGGGGCCACUCACUGCAAAAACUAUGAUGGAGAUGUUCAGUCUGACUCUGUGGCACAAGGCUACGGCUCCCUGGGUAUGAUGACCAGUGUGCUCGUCUGUCCUGAUGGGCGCACAGUCGAGUCAGAGGCUGCCCGUGGCACAGUGACUCGCCAUUACAGACAACACCAGCAGGGAAAAGAAACCUCCACCAACCCCGUUGCCUCCAUCUUUGCGUGGACGUGGGUCCUGCUUCACCAGGCGAAGCUUGACAACAAUGCAGAACUACGAGGAUUCUCCGAGGCGCUGGAGGCCGUUUGCAUCGAGACCAUCGAGGCUGGUUUCAUGACCAAAGAUUUGGCUCCUUGCAUCAAAGGCCUUCCAAAUGUAACGCGUGCCGACUACUUGAACACCUUCGAGUUCCUGGAUAAGCUGGCAGAGAACCUGAAGUUCAAGCUGACGAGCCGACCCAAGCUGUGA